AUGGCAAAUCGACCUCGAUCUCUCGAUAGCCACGUCUUCACCAUCGAGGAUCUCCAGGCGCUGGGCUCUAAAAAGCUCCCGAAAACGUAUCGUGAAUACUACAACGAAGGCGCCAUGGAUAUGAUAUCAUUACGCGACAACAUCGCCGCUUACGACCGGUAUCGGAUCCUGCCACGCGCUUUGCGAAACGUCCAAUGUGUUGAUACCUCGACGACCCUCUUUGGCUGUCGGGUCACCUUCCCCCUGGGCAUCAGUCCCUCGGCCAUGCACAAGCUCGCGCACCCCGAAGGGGAACUGGCAACGUCGCGGGCGGCGACGAACAUGAACGUCAGCAUGUGUUUGUCGUCGUACGCAACUACCUCGCUGGAAGACGUGGCGGCGCAGGGCCGCGGCAACCCGUACAUGAUGCAGAUUUGUGUGCUCAAGGACCGGAACAGGACCGCGCAGCUUUUGGAGAGGGCUGAAGCGGCUGGCUACAAGGCCAUCUUUCUGUCAGUCGACGUCCCCGUCCUGGGCAGGCGUCUCAACGAGUUCCGCAACAACUUCACAUUACCCAACGACCUGAGUUUCCCCAAUAUCCUGUCUUCGGGCCACGACGAGUUUGCCAAGGAAGAAAGCUCGCAGGACUACGAUUCAAGUCUGGAGUGGGCGGAAAUCAUCCCCUGGUUGAAGGGGAAGACGAGGAUGCAAAUCUGGUUGAAAGGCAUCCUCAGCCCGGCCGACGUCUUACUUGCCAUCGACCACGGCGUGGACGGCGUUUUGAUCUCCAACCACGGCGGUCGCCAGCUCGACGGAGUCCCUGCCACCCUGGAUUGCCUGAGGGAGUGUGCACAAGUGAGCCGGGAUCGAAUCCAGAUGGCUGUCGACGGGGGAAUCCGUCGUGGUUCAGACAUGUUCAAAGCCAUCGCACUCGGAGCGCAGCACUGUUUCGUCGGCAGGGUCCCGAUCUGGGGACUUGCGUACAACGGACAGCAGGGGGUCGAGCUGGGCUUGAAGCUUCUCUUGGACGAGUUUCGCACGACUAUGGCACUUGCAGGAUGUCGCACGGUCGGCGAGAUCACACCAGAGCACCUUACCUAUCUUGAGCCGGGAGGUCGACUGCACAGGUUGUAG